AUGGCCUCACCACAUGCAAAUGCAGGCGCAGCUGCUUCCUCAGGUCAACCUCUCACACCUCCCGCCGAUGCUCCCUCCUCCGCCAACAACAACUCUUCGAGUCAACCAAACAAUCACGCCACCAACCCCGCAAACCCCUCCACACUCACUCCCGCCAACUCAAACAACCCAGCCCAAGUCCCCGCAACCUCUUUACAAGACACAGGCAAAUCGCGCCGGCCUCGUGACGCCCGUCUAAUCCACAUGCUCCUCGCCUCCCUCGGCGUAACCGCCUACCAAGAACGAGUACCCCUCCAACUCCUCGACUUUGCCUACAGAUAUACCUCCAGCACGCUGCAGGAUGCCGUAUAUCUUGCUACGGAAGGGUACCCUGGUGAGUCUGCUGGUAAUACUGCCACCAAGGGUGGCGCGGAGGCCAAGGCGGCGCAGCAUGGCAAUCUGGAUCUCAGCACUGUCAGUCUGGGUGCUCUGCGGAUGAGCAUUGCGUCGCGUCUACAUUAUCAGUUCCAGCCCGGUUUGCCUAAGGAGUUUCUCAUGGAAGUUGCUGCGGAGAGGAAUCGGAUGAUGUUACCUGGUGUCAUGAGGGGUAUUGAUGGGGGGUCAUCAGCUGCAGCCGCCGCUGUGGCCUCGUCGGCUGGUAGCAUCAUGAUGGGCGGUAUGAGGCUGCCGCCUGAACGGUUUUGUUUAACUGGGGUCGGGUGGGGGUUGAAGGAGGAAUGGGAGAGCGAGGGAGAGGAGGAGAUGGAGGUUGAGGUUAAUAAUACGCAGCAGAUUGGGGUUGGUGGGACUGGAACCUUUGCGAAGGACGGCGGGGUUGAGGAUGGAGGAGAAGGGGAGGAUGAAGACGAUGGGGAUGGCACGAUGGAGGAUAUAUUUGGUGAUGGGGAGCUGGAUGGGGAGGGUCAGGAUGAGGAUAAAACGAUGACGGACGUCUAA